AUGUCGUCGGCUCUGCUUCGCGCACCACCCUUUUUCCGGGCCGGCCUCCGGGCUGCCAAGCCGAUAGCCUCCGUGGCAAGCACCGGCUUUGUCCGGAACAAGGCUACACUGCCAGAUCUUCCUUACGACUACGCCGCGCUCGAGCCUUACAUAUCCGGGCAAAUCAUGGAGCUCCAUCAUGCCAAGCAUCACCAGACCUAUGUGAACAGCUACAAUGCCGCCAUUGAAGCUUUGGACAAAGCCCAGGAGAAGAAUGACGUCACGGCUGCCGCUGCGCAGGCCCCCCUGAUAAAUUUCCAUGGUGGUGGUCACGUAAAUCACUCUCUGUUCUGGGAGAACCUCGCCCCCAACGGCAAGGGGGGCGGUGGUGAGCCUGAAGGCAAGCUCUUGGCCGCUAUAAACGAGGACUUUGGGUCCUUCGAAGACCUCAAGAAGCAAACCAACGCUGCGCUCGCCGGCAUCCAGGGCUCUGGCUGGGCUUGGCUCGUUAAAGACAAGAUGUCGGGCACUCUCAGUCUCGUUACUCGCGCUAACCAGGAUCCCGUCAUUGGGAAUCUUCAGCCUCUUCUCGGAAUCGACGCUUGGGAGCAUGCCUACUACCUGCAGUACCAGAACCGCAAGGCCGAAUACUUUGGCGCAAUUUGGGAGGUUAUCAACUGGGCUACUGUCACCAAGCGAUUUGAAAAAUGA